UAAAUUAUUCCAUUCCUUUUUUUCUCACAAUUUCUACAGUGUCCCAACUUUUUUGGAAUCGGGUUUGUAUAGGUAUAUGUGUAUAUGUAUACAAAUCUGCAGAUUUAUUGUACACUAGUCAACAUUUGAAGAGUUUUGGGUAUUGGUUUUAAGACAACUAUUAUGAAAGGUUUUGAUCCUCUUAAAAUUUUGACUAGUGUAGUUUAAUGGCACAAAUCAAACUGUGAUAGCACGGGGCCUCAAAACAUUGAUUUUGGAAAUUGCAUACAUUGUGAUCCAUUCCAAAUGUGGUGAUUACCUGGUGCAUGAAUGUCCAAAACGUCUCCAGUUGAGUCCGCAGCUUAUGCCAGCGGAGAGUGAAGACUGUUGUGCAUUGUUCAGAGCAACUACAGGGCCACAGUGCAGCAAAUCACCAGCAACACGUUAAAUGUGCCCAUUUCAUGCUAGUGAUUUGUUGCGGUCCUUGUGAAAAAUGCACAACAGUCUCCCCUCUGACAAUAAUGCACUGCGGACAUAAAACAAGUCUGUGCACCACUUUAAAUGCAUACUCUAUAUAGUGGCACAUGAACAACCCACAAAGUCCUAUGCCAUCUCUGUUUGUCCGUUAUUAAACUCCAAUAAAUCUGCAGCUUGGGAAUAGGCAAUUUUGCCAAAAAAUUACAGCUGUAUGAAAAGUGUUCAUCCUGUAACCUGUGGACAUUGGUUUAUCUUCUAGGUGACAGUAGCUGUGAAACUUCGUUUUAUGACCAUGACUGGCAUUAUAGUUUUGAUGUUCCAUGGCAAAAAAUGCCAGCAAGUUUUAUGGAAAAGUUGCAAAAUGGCGAAAGGCCAAGUUGCUCUGAGAGAAGACAGUUGGUCCGCAUUGUUGCUUCUGAGAUCCUGGAAGUCAGCAAAUGUCCAGCAAAAAAACAUGUUUCAGAAAUAGCCCGACAAAUGGUGAUUGCAUACCCAAAGUCUUUCAGAGAUGAGAUUAAUUCCCAGGUUGUAGGAAGUGGAUAUGAUUCUCUCCUCAAACAACUGGUGUGUAGAAUUGACAAUUUUAAAAGAGCAAAAGCUAUUAGUUCACCACUUUGUGGUACUCUAGAAGUAUCAACAAAGAAACGAAAAUUGUUAUAUGGUUGUAUACAUUCUGAUCCACAACUGCUAGUUGGAGAAACAUCCGAAUUGCAGCAGGAAAAGAAAGAGAAGUUGCUAGUAAUGUUUCAAAAUAAUGAAAGUGAUGUAAAGACAAUCUAUGACUUAAUGACUUCUACUUACACCUCUCAAAGAAACAACAUCCAAUCUGGAAAGGAAACCAAAGAUUUACUUGAUGAGUGGCCAUAUCUCUUUCAGCCAGCAGGAAUGAAAGCACACUUUAAAGAGCUCACUGGCAUUGACAUAAACAACAGCUUUGAAGAAUCUGCUUCCAGUAAGUUCAGAAGAAUAUUGGAGUACUUUCAAUUUCAGUGCACAGAAAGAGCAAGCAGAGCAGGGAGAAUACUCACAAAGUAUAGAGCUGGAGGGGAUCAUGUUUGUGGGGCAGUGAUGUUGCUGCUAACCCAUUUCAAAAAUGACCAAGACCACUUUCUUGUGAUGGUAGAAGACACCUCUGUUCCAAGUGAUAUAUGCUCAGAACAGCUUCCAGCAACACCAUGUAUAGUAGUGUGUGGAGAGAACCCACUGACAGCCGGUGUGUACAUGGUAGCAGUAGACCAGAUGAUUGUAAAUGACCAUCUCUUGAGUUUUACAGAAGCCCUGUAUCUGAUGUUCUCUCUUUACUAUAUAUUGAACAUCAGUUACCCUGUAGAACUGGGAGCCACACUAGAAUUCUUGCAAAGGUGCAUCUUUAGGAUAAAUCCUCAUAAAGGUACCAAGGUGGAAAAGAGAGAGAAAAAGAGAGCGUACUCUGUCAACCCCAGAGUAUUAAGUCUUGACGUCAAAAAUUGCUGCAUUUGACUCGGGAGAGUAACAGGUAUAGAAGCUCUGUUGUCUUGUAUAGUAGUGGUAGACUUCAUCUUCUGUGUUUAUCAUUCAUCGAUGAUAAAGUGCACCAAAGGACAAUAAUUUUUAUAAUUAACUCCAAUAAAUGUGAUGUAAUUGUCUGUGACCAAAACUGAGAGUAUUUG